AUGCCUUUGCUGCGAUCAUCUUUGCGCGUCGUCAUCGCUUCUUCUUCUUCUUUUAAUUCUUCUGUCUCGUCAUCAAAAACGCCUAAAAUUCGUUUGAUGACAUCAGAAAAGACAUUGGAUACAAAAGAAGAAAAGAUAUUCACGACAAAAAUCAUCGUCCUCGGGACCAAUCACACCUCGUCUUCCGACGCGGAAAAAGUCACCAGGAUAAUCGAAGACGAGAAACCAGACGUGGUCGUCGUCGAGUUGGAUUUUGAGCGAUUGAAUUCCAAUUCCAACUCAUAUAAAAUAGGUGGAAAAGACUUUAUGAACGCGGUCAAGUCCGGAAUCGCGAUAAAACAAGACCCAAUCGUGCUGUUAGGGGACGUGAAAGCGAAGGAGAUUCCGGCGAUGUUGCUGAGCAAAGCGACGAGCGUUGAAAAUGUUGUUCCCGAGAGAGUCUUCGGCGGCUUGGCGUACUUCCUCGAAUCUUUUAAAGACACGUUUGGCGUCGCGCCGACGGCGAGCGUUUUGACGAUUACGCUCGCGUGUGCGCUCGUGGAUAAUAAUUUCGUCGAGUUGUUUGUGUUGCUCUAUGGAGUGUCCGUGGUAUCGGACGUGUUGUUGAAAGAUCGAGACGUCGUAUUAGCGGAGAACGUGUUAAAAGGCGUGGACAUCGCGAAGCGGUUGCGAAAGAAAGAGUUGCUUUCGAAACAGUUUACGUUUUAUUCUUCUCCUUCUUCGGAUGAUGCUUUUCUCGAUGAAGAAAACGAUACCGCGAUAGAAGAGUCGCAAUUACCUGUAUUUACGCUCAAACGUCCGUUUGAAAGCAGAGACGAGAUUCGGCGACUGAAUUUGUUCGAGCCGCGUUGGUUGCGAAUGCUCGACGAGAUUGCCAAACGCAACGAAGGAUCGCUCGUCGGCGCCAAGCUCGGCGUCGUUCUCGCGCAAAACCGCUUGUACACGCCCGAAAAUUUCAACGACGAAGACGAUGACAAAAAAAAUAUUGACAACCAAACGGAGAAGAAGAGAGUCGCGAGAAUCGUAUUCGAUCCGUUCGUCCAACGAGCGAAAGUCGUGGACGCGAAAGAGUCCACGCGACCGGUAACCGGCGCUCGGAAAGUUGAAGUCCUCAUAGCUUUGGAUUCCGAAGCAAACGACGAUUUCGUGGGCGAGUUUCGAGAAGCCCCGGGUCAGCGAGGAUACAUGCUCGCGUCCCCAAAGAAGUUGGCGGAUGAAAGAGUAGAUGGCACGUCGUCAUCGAAAACAUCGAGCGAAGAAGAAGAAGAAGAAGAAGAAGAAAGUAAAAUCAAAUGCGUGGUCGUUUGCGGGAAAUUGCACGUGCGCGGCGUCGUCAGUCGAUUGCAGCAGGGUGGUAAUAUGAAUAACAGUAGAAGUGGUAGCAGUAGUAGUAGUAGUAGUAGUAGUAGAGAUAGCGAUAGCGGCGUUGUAAUAGUAACUAUGUAA